GGGUAUUCUUUUACAAAACAAAAGCUUAAACACAGAUUUGCUAGCAAAUUUCUAUCAUCUCAUCUCAUCUCAUGGCUUGUAUCUAUGUUGUUUUCUUACUCUUCUUUGUAUCCUUUGAAGAUGUAGGAGCUCAAGAAGAACCCCCAGCUGAAUUCAUAACCUUGGAAUCAGCUACACUCUCCCCCACAAUUCAACCCACUUCAUGGCUGUCACCUUCUGGCCUAUUUGCGUUUGGUUUCUACCCUCAAGGAAGUGAUUUUUUAUUGGGAAUUUGGUUGAUGGAUAAAGAAAGAACUCUUUCAUGGACUGCACAUCGAGAUGACCCACCGGUGCCCUUGGAUGCUAAACUCUUGACCAUUAACGGCAAGCUCCUUCUGAGAACACGGCAAAGUGAGGAAAAAGUCAUUGUGGAGUCGGCUUCAUUUGCUUUGAUGAGAGACUCAGGAAAUUUUGUGGUCUACAACAAAAGUUACCAUGUCAUCUGGGAAAGUUUUAAAUUUCCUACUGAUACCAUAUUGGGAGGCCAGAAUCUGACGACUGGGGUUCCAUUGUUUUCUAGUUUAUCUGAAACCAAUCAUUCCACUGGACGGUUUCGUCUCGAUAUGCAGGCUGAUGGGAAUCUUGUUUUAUACUUUGCAGAUUCUAUGCUCUCGUCAGUGGAUGCUUAUUGGGCUUCUAAUACCUGGAAAGCUGGCAACUCCAUGGAUCAUCAGCUGUAUCUUAAUGAUACUACUGGCGGCCUAGUUGUCAGAAACAGCACCAAUUUGGAAACACGAGGAAUCAUAUACAAGGGUUCGUCUUCUGCUAGUAAGACGAUCUACAGUGCAAGGCUUAGCUAUAAUGGGAUGUUCCAAGUGUAUUCUCACAGUUUUGACAGUAACGGUAAUGACAAUAAGACGUUGGCCUGGUCAGCAGUGGCCACGGUCAACCAGUGUCAGGUGAAAGGUUUCUGUGGUUUGAACAGCUAUUGCACCCAGAAUGACAUUGAACCCUACUGCUAUUGUCUUCCUGGUACUGACUUUGUUGAUUCCAAACAAAUGCUACUUGGCUGCCUGAAGAAUUUUACUGAAAGCAGCUGUAACAAUAUCUCUUAUUCUGCCUCUUAUCACAUGGUUCGGGAGGAUAAUCUGGUAUGGGAUGACCUUCCUUAUUUUAAAGAAACAAUGACAAUAGACGAAUGCAGUAACGGCUGUUUAGAGGACUGCAAUUGCGACGUGGCACUGUAUGACCAGGAUGGCCAUUGCUCAAAACGAGCACUUCCACUGAAAUAUGCCAAAAGAUCUCGAGAUGUGCAAUCUUCAGCUUUCUUCAAGGUAGGCGUAAAAGGUAUCGAAAUGAAGAAUGAUACCAUCUUCUUCCAGCCGUUACAACAGAGAAGGCUUCUGGAAGAUGGAAAACUGGGCCUUACGGAGGAGCUCAAAAUGCAAUCCUUUUCUUACAAGGAGCUACAGAAGGCAAGCAGAAACUUCAAAGAAGAACUGGGUAAGGGCGCUUUUGGGACUGUUUAUUUGGGAGUUCUGCAGCAAGGUAAGAAACUCGUUGCAAUAAAGAGACUAGAGAAGAUGGUGGAAGAAGGGGAAAGGGAGUUUCGGGCAGAGAUGAGAGCAAUUGGGAGAACUCAUCACAAGAACUUGGUUCGCUUGCUCGGCUACUGCACUGAGGGCUCAAGGAGGCUUCUUGUGUAUGAAUAUAUGAGUAACCGUUCUCUUGCAGAUAUUCUCUUCAAGAGCAAAACACGCCCACCUUGGGAUGAAAGGGUUAGGAUUGCACUGGAUGUUGCGAGAGGGAUCUUGUAUCUACAUGAGGAAUGCGAGGCACCUAUUAUUCAUUGUGAUAUAAAGCCUCAAAACAUUUUGAUGGAUGAUUUCUGGACUGCUAAGAUCUCUGACUUCGGGCUGGCAAAGUUGCUAAUGCCAGAUCAAACGAGGACCUUUACAGGGGUUAGAGGCACUAGAGGGUACUUGGCACCAGAAUGGCAGCAGAAUAUCCCAAUAUCAGUGAAGGCCGAUGUUUAUAGUUAUGGUAUAGUGCUCUUGGAACUUGUGUGUUGCAGAAGGAACUUGGAGGUGAAUGUGUCAGAGCCAGAAGAGAUUGUUCUUUCUAAUUGGGCCUACAAGUGCUUUGUGGCUGGAGAGCUGCACAAACUUUUGGGUGGUGAAGAAGUAGAGAGGAAGAGCUUGGAGCAAAUGGUUAAGUUGGGACUUUGGUGCAUUCAAGAUGAGCCAGCUCUUCGUCCUUCUAUCAAGAGUAUUGUGCUGAUGUUGGAAGGAAUUACUGAAAUUGCUGUUCCUCCAUGCCCAACCACUACCUCCAUGUAAAAUCUUUAAGAAAAAUUGUGGCUGUUUCUUUCAUGUAACUUUCCUGUUCAUGUAUUUUAUUUUACCCUAUAAUGGAAAGCCAUUAUGAAUUA